CUGGAAGGGAACAGUUUCUCCCGCUGAGAACUGACAGCGCCAGGGCGGUGCGGGCUGCGGGGACCGUCCCCGAGGGAUUACAAUGGUUGACACAGAAAUGCCGUUUUGGCCCAUGAAUUUUGGAAUCAGCCCCGUGGAUCUGUCAGCCAUGGAUGAUCACACACAUUCCUUUGACAUCAAGCCCUUCACCACCGUUGACUUCUCGAGCAUUUCCUCCCCGCACUAUGAAGAUCUUCCUCUUGCCAGAGCUGACCAGUCAGGCCUGGAUUAUAAAUAUGAUAUCAAGCUCCAGGACUGCCAAAGUGCCAUCAAGAUGGAGCCUCCUUCCCCACCCUAUUUCUCAGAAAAAGUUCAGUUGUACAACAAACCUCACGAGGAGGCGUCCAACUCGCUGAUGGCCAUUGAGUGCCGCGUGUGCGGGGACAAAGCCUCCGGCUUCCACUACGGGGUGCACGCCUGCGAGGGCUGCAAGGGCUUUUUUCGAAGAACAAUCAGGUUAAAGCUCAUUUACGACCGGUGUGAUCUGAACUGCCGGAUCCAUAAGAAGAGCAGGAAUAAAUGUCAGUACUGCAGGUUCCAGAAGUGCCUGGCUGUCGGAAUGUCCCACAACGCCAUCAGGUUCGGGCGGAUGCCACAGGCGGAGAAGGAGAAGCUGCUGGCAGAGAUCUCCAGCGACAUCGACCAGUUAAACCCCGAAUCUGCCGACCUGCGGGCGCUGGCCAAGCACCUGUACGACUCCUACAUCAAGUCCUUCCCUCUGACCAAAGCCAAGGCGAGGGCCAUCCUGACAGGAAAGACGACAGACAAAUCACCCUUCGUUAUUUAUGACAUGAACUCUUUAAUGAUGGGAGAAGACCAGAUCAAGUGCAAGCACGUGUCCCCCCUGCAGGAGGAGAACAAGGAGGUGGCCAUCCGCAUCUUCCAGCGCUGCCAGUUCCGCUCCGUGGAGGCCGUGCAGGAGAUCACCGAGUUCGCCAAGAACAUCCCGGGCUUUGUCAACCUCGACCUGAACGACCAAGUGACUCUGCUGAAGUACGGGGUCCACGAGAUCAUUUAUACCCUGCUGGCUUCUCUGAUGAACAAAGACGGGGUUCUCAUAUCCGACGGACAAGGGUUCAUGACGCGGGAGUUCCUGAAGAGCCUGAGGAAACCUUUUUGUGACUUUAUGGAGCCCAAGUUUGAGUUUGCUGUGAAGUUCAAUGCACUGGAAUUAGAUGACAGUGACCUGGCAAUAUUUAUAGCUGUCAUUAUCCUAAGUGGAGACCGCCCGGGGUUGUUAAAUGUGAAGCCAAUUGAAGACAUUCAGGACAACCUUUUGCAAGCCCUGGAGCUGCAGCUGAAGCUGAACCACCCCGAGUCCUCGCAGCUGUUUGCAAAGCUGCUGCAGAAAAUGACGGACCUCAGGCAGAUCGUCACGGAGCACGUGCAGCUCCUGCAGGUCAUCAAGAAAACCGAGACGGACAUGAGCCUCCAUCCACUGCUACAAGAGAUCUACAAGGACUUGUAUUAAUGAGCAGAGCAGUUCUUAAUCCCCUGACAUAAUGUAUGUUUUUCAGAUUGCACUAUUUCUUUGAGGGAAAAACUUGGCGUACCUAAGAAAUUACUGUGAAACAGCAUCUAAAAAGAGAGAGCUUAGUAUAGUAGGUCUAUUUUAUGCAUAUUGUUUAUAAAGACACAUUUACAAUUUACUUUUAAUAUUAAAAGUAUCUAUAUCAU